CAUAUCUCCCCAACCUGGCGGGCGGACACGCGCACUGUUGGACACGGUUGGAACGCGCCUCCGUCCUCGUCUCUCUCGGCCCGCGUGCGUGCGAAACUGCUGCAGAAAAGCUGAGGAGUCCCGUGACACGUUAGUGCGGUUAUGGCGUCGGCAGCGACGCCCGACUUGGGCGACCUGUCCCGCCUGUACCAGACGGAGUUUGUGCGCAGCGCCCGCGCGGUGGGUGCGCUUUGGGCCGUGUGCACGCUAUGCUUCGCCAUCAUCCAGGUGGUUAUCCUGGUGCAGCCAUCCUGGAUCGGAACCGGCGACGUCCGGCACCUGGGGACGGGUCCAUCCCCCGCCGCUGGAACCCUCGGAUUGUUUGAGGUGUGUCUGGAGUCGGACCGGCCCGUUCCAGAUUGCCGCGGCCGUCUGUCCAGUCUGUCCCCUCUGCCGUCCUUCCAGUCAGUGGCGGUUCUGGUGGGCAUUUCCCUGUGGGCAGUUUGGACCAGCGUGGUUUGUCUGUGCCUCUUCCGUUUCUGCAGCGCCGCCACCGUCUACAAAAUCUGCGCCUGGCUGCAGCUCACAGCAGGGUUCUGCUUGGCAUUAGCGUGUCUGCUAUUCCCCGACUCAUGGGAGAGUCCGGAGAUGAGAGUCCUGUGCGGUGACUCUGUGGGCAGCUUCUCGUCGGGAAACUGCUCGAUCCACUGGGCUUUUAUCCUAGCCAUCCUUGGCGUUUUGGACGCCGCCAUCUUGUCCACGCUAGCAUUUGUGCUGGCUAACAGACAAGAUGCCCUGCUGCCACCGCUUGGCAAGGAAGUGACUACAGGACUGCUGAUGUCAGCGUAGACAUCGUGCGACUUGUCCUUCUCAGACAAUGACAUCAUCAUCACAAUGGCAUCAUCAUGAUGUGCUGAAGACACAACAAAAGAUGGAACUGUUAUUCAUGACCUCAUUGUGUUCAAGCAUGUCAAGUGUUUAGCAGUUAGCGUAGUUAGUUCGCUACCAGUGGUGUGGAGCGUGUUAAGGAGCGACCACACGAGAUAAGCGUUAGCAUAGCUCGUUUCACGUCUGAUCUUUCCUCAGUGUAUUUUCCGUAAAAACAAACUGUCUUUUUUUUCGUCCCCUUUGUAUGAGCGCUCUCACCUUAAACAAAAAACACUGGAAUACAAACAAUAUGGGACAAUGUCAUUGCCGGUGAAAGGCAAAUACAAUACAACCAGCUUCCUUUACCAGCCGCGAUGACCUAAAAAAAGGAGCAGGCUUGGAGAAUGGGAAAGAAAAUUGAGUGUAGUUGAGCGAAAUUGAAACAUGGUUA